UAGCCGGACCCCAAAAGUUUUCAACUUUGGUUAAUGAAUUCCAAUAAAAUCCGCUCCACUCUACUCCUUAAAUUCAUCAGCCGCUGAUCACCGUUCAAUCGAAUCAUUCUUGCUGAAAUGGCUCCGAUUGCUGUUGGUGACACGAUCCCCGACGGGACUCUUGCCUACUUCGAUGAGCAAGAUCAGAUGCAACAGGUUUCUGUCCACUCUCUCGCCGCCGGCAAAAAGGUCGUUCUCUUUGGCGUCCCCGGCGCCUUCACUCCAACUUGCAGUAUGAAGCAUGUCCCGGGCUUCAUUGAGAAAUCCGACGAGCUUAAAUCAAAAGGCGUAGAGGAGCUUCUGUUGAUCAGCGUAAACGAUCCUUUUGUGAUGAAGGCAUGGAAGAAGUCAUACCCAGAGACAAAGAACGUGAAGUUUCUUGCUGAUGGAGCUGCGAAAUACACUUACGCACUUGGGUUGGAGCUAGACCUUUCAGAGAAAGGGCUUGGGGUUCGUUCACGAAGGUUUGCGUUGUUGGUGGAUAAUUUGAAGGUGGUGGCUGCGAACAUUGAAUCCGGUGGUGAAUUCACAGUGUCCAGUGCAGAUGAUAUCUUAGCGGCUCUGUAAAUCUGUAAUGUGUCAAACUUUCUCUCUUAAUGUUUCCUCUUCAUUGAGUAGUAUCUUCUCUAAUACUUGUAGAAGAGAAUUAAAAGAUGACUAUGUAUGAGGUGCGUUUUAUUUUAAAUAAACGGGAUUCAGAUUUACACUUUUAUUUCACUUUGUAAAGUAUAAAUUUUGCUGCUCUUCUACUCAAGGUAUCUCUAACCUAACACAGAA